AUGAAAAAUGAACUUUUAUAUGGAACUACAUUUAUUCUGUUCCUCUUUAGCUACUGCUUCCAACCUUUAUUAAUUGAUAUAAUAAAAUACAAUGGAUGUGGAAACUCAAGUACGUUUAUAUUUUUGCUUCCACAUUAUUUUUCCAUGAUAAUUGUGGGGUUUUUACCAAAAAAGCAGAAAUUAAAUGAAUGUAAAUGGAUGAAAAUAUUUUUUGUGUCGUUAUUAGAUUUAGUAAAUCAAGUGUUGAAAAAAAUAGGGUUAAUAUAUGCAGGUUCAGCUUUGUACAUAAUUAUAGACAGUUGCACAUUAAUAUUUACAGCAAUGUGGAGAAAAUUGUUGCUAAAUAAAACAGUGAAUAAAUUUCAGUUGUUGGGUAUUUUGUUAAUAACAUUUGGCAUAGCUAUUAAAUCAAAUAAUUUAAAAUUUGAAAUAAAUAAAGAAGAAAUUAUUGGUGUUAUUUUAAUUAUUCUUAGCAAUAUAUUAAUGGGGUUAACAUUUGUAUUAAAUGAAAAAUAUAUGGGCGAAAUGGAAGGGCAAAAUAUUGUGUGUUUAAUGGGGAUAUUCAGUUUCUGUUUUGUUUUUUUAUGGACAAUCAUAUGGACCUUACCAAAUUUUGAUCAUCUCAUUAUGGAAAACAUAAAAAAAAAACAAGGGAAUAUUAAAAUAAUUUGGCUAAGCUUUUUGGGGCUUUUUUUAUUUAAUUUUGUAACAUCUUCCACCCUUUGGUAUAUUAUGAAAAUUAGUGGAUCUCUCACUGUUGGAAUAUUAAAAGGUCUUAAAGUCGCUAUUAUUUUUAUUUUCAGUCAUAUUUUUUUUUGUAAAUAUGAUUCCAAGCAGUGUCUGAAUUUCCACUCCUCCCUUUCAGUUUUUUUUUGUAUCCUUGGAGUUCUCAUAUAUUCCUACAACGAAUUUUUGUUAAUUCUGAUGGAGAAAAUUUACCUCCUUAGGCGGCCUAAGGUGAUUGUGUAG